AUGAAUUACAUCCGACGCAGCAAAACGCACAUCCUCCCAUUCGCCGACCAUGCUGGCAAAGAGGCGCUUAUGGUGUUUGACGGCACCGAAACGUGUCCCCUUCCGCCGCUUUACAGCUUCUCGUUCUAUUUCACGCACGAAGCCGUCAACUCAGGGAAUGUUCACCCAACUGAAUUUCUAAGAGCCAUUAUUCAAGACACCCCAUUUGUUUCCUAUCCAUGUCCCUUCCGGCUGGAGAUAUAUUUUCUGCCUAUGCCAGGUGCAACAGCUGAAAAAUGCGACGAGGCAUGCAUUGCCCACUACGAAGAAGAAAAGAAAGGUCGAGGGAUUUACCACCGCCAAAUCAUGGCGCUCAAGGCUUCCAUCAGGUCUGGUCGCAGUAGCAGUACCGAUCGUGGACGUCUACCUGGCUUCGUGUCUAGUUACGUCGAGGACCGAUCUUACGAUUAUCACCGGGGGCUUCUCUAUAGCUACCAAGGAGCAGACUGGCGUACAGAUGAGCAGCUGGUGCGCCGGAUAAAAUUCAAUGCCAUUCCGCACGCAGAGAACAGCUUGAUGGCAGAUGAGGUCAAGGAAGACGAAUUUACACCGAUCCGCGUCACUCUGCAAGCAAUUAAGAAGAGCGAUACGGCAGGGCAUGUUGGCGAAUGGAUGUUCUACAAUGCACAUGGUCCGACAGAGUGUAUAACGAACGGGCCGUGGCAGGAAGCAGAAGAACGUGGGUGGACCACGUGGCAGGAGUGA